AUGUCGAAAGCUCACCCCCCAGAAUUGAAAAAGUUCAUGGACAAAAAGCUGUCAAUCAAAUUGAACGCUGGUCGCGCAGUAACUGGCGUCCUGCGAGGUUUUGAUCCCUUCAUGAACCUAGUAUUAGAUGAAUCUGUAGAAGAAUGCAAAGACGGACAGAGGAACAACAUAGGCAUGGUGUUAAUACUUACGUUGCAAUACAUUAAAUGCAGUGGCGAGUACCAAAGUGAUUCCUACAAUCUCGGUGAAAAUAAUAAUGACGAAAAUAGCCCCUAUGACAGAAAAAGCCACAAGGAUUUCGCGUUACGAUCAGACAUUUAUGGAGAAUCGUACAAUGCUAGAGAGCGACCUUUUAUGUUGAAUGACUACUAUCGUAGAAAGCAUAGAGAAUAUGAUCAAGCUGGACCUAGUCGACGUGUAUCUUCGAUUCAAUAUAAUAAUUAUGAUAAUAAUCUACCAAAACGUUACAGAAGAACUGAUGACAGCGAAGAAGCUAUAAUAGACAGCAUCAAAGAACCCGUAUCAAGGAGUAAUUUUAUCGAAAGUGAGAACUCCUAUACUAAUAAGAUACCAAUUGGCGAAGAAAGUCGAAACAAUGUACCUUUGAUUACCAAAUCUUCGUUUGUUUACUUCUCAACUCCAAAUGAUAGAUGCACGUGUGCUGAUACCACUAAUAUUGAGAAAACCACCGAGCUUAUCUGUUUCUCUAGCACAGAUGGUGGUAAGCACUUUAACGUGAAAUUUAAUGGCUUAGGGCUAUUCGAACUAGAAAAUUUAAUCAAAUCUUACCAUAACUACAUCGAAAGUAUCCAGAAAGAAUCCGGGAUUAAAGAGAAUUAUGGACAUAAUAGUAAUAUAUACAAACAGUACCACGAGAAACAGGAUUUCAGUGCAAAUGACAUUAAGAUUGGCCAAAAUCAAAUUACUUUUAAAACCGAAAAUAGUUUUGAUAUACAAAAUCAUCAAGAAAAAAAUGCUGAAACUCAAAACCUGUUCAGUUCACAAUUCGGAAAAGAUCUCAAAAACAAUUUUGAUUCUAAUUUUGCUUAUCACCAAAUUCAUAAUAAUUACAAUGGUGCGUAUAAUAACAGUAAUGUAAAUGUCCAUUCACAGAAUAAUAUAGGUGACUUCCAUCAACAACUUACUAAAGAUCAAAAUGUGGCGCUGAUUAUAGAAAAGCUGAAAGAACAACUUCAGGCUAAUAUAAAAGCGCAAACAUUGGCACACGAACAGCUAAAAGCUGAAGUACAGGCACAAGUUAAAAAACAGGCACAGUUACUGUCACGUUUAGAGCAGGCGCAGCAAGAAGCAAAAGCACACACUCACACUCAAGCACAUACACAAACGCAGUUUAGUUCAAAAUCACAGGCGCUGUUACUUGCACAAAAGGAGGCACAAGUUCUGGCAAAGGUAAUUGCUGAAAAACAGGCGCAGUUGUAUUUACAAGAAAAGGCAUUACUAUUAGCAAAAGCACAGGCACAUGCAAAAUUACAAGAACAAAUUCAGGCACAUACACAGAUACAAGAGCAACUGCAGCGGGAAUUAUGUAAAAAAGCUUGGGGUCAGAAAGAAGCACCGGCGCCGUUAUGUGCAAAUGUUAAGAAACAACCUCUAUUACAUCCUCAAUCUCAGCCACAACAGCAGACUAAUUCUGAAAAUGGGCCAUUGCAAACGUUUACCAAUAAUGAAUCACAAACCCAGAUACAGACACAGUCUCAGUUGCCAUCGCAGACACAGUCCGAGUUAAAUCCAAAACCACACGCACAGGCCCAAAAGCAGACAAAAGGCGAAAAUCAGUUCCCAAGUUCUCAAUUACAUCCCCAAACAAAACCCCAGACAACGUUAAAUUCACAAUCUCAACAGCAAGCCAGCCUUCAAAAAGAGACAGAUAACCAACCACUCAAAAAUGAUCAAUCACAAAUUAAAGCAGAAACUCAGGCAGAAACAGAAGGAAAAACACAGUCUCAGUCACAGGCCCAAGAAGAAGCAUCCGCAAAUAUUCAUACACAGGUGGAGGUUAAUACACAAGCACAAAGUCAAAAAGAUAACAGUUUUCAAAAACAGGCAGAUAUCCAAUCACAUACGCAAUUACAAAAUCAAGCAGAAGUUCAGAAAAUUGCACAGUCGCAGUCACAGACCCAAGAGGAGUCGUACAAAAAGACUCAGGAACAUCCGACAGAUAACCAAUCACAGCUACAUAAACAAUUACAAAAUCAAGUCGAAACAAAUGUAGAUUUCGAGUUACAAGGGGCAGAUAAUUCACAUGCUCAGACACAGACUAGUUCAAACACAAAUGCUGAAUCGCAGAUAAAAGCACAACUGAAAAAAGAAGCACAAAUAGGUGAAUCACAUAAUAGUAACCAAUAUAACAAACAAUGGCAAGGUUUUAAUAGUGAGGUAGGUUCUAAAUACGUCGGCAAUGGAUUCUUUGAUGGCCUUGAACAUGGUAUAAAAGUUUUGCCAGCGGGACAAAAGGGAGUUGGAAGUGUGGUAAAGGGUAAGAAGGGAAUAGGGGGUGGUGGAGGAUACAGGGAAAAGGUAGUAUUUGGAGGAGGAGGAGGAGGAGGAUUCGGAGGAGGAGGGAGUUUUGGAGGAGGUGCAGAAUUUGGAGGAGGUGCAGAAUUUGGAGGAGGGGUAGGAGGAGGAUUUGGAGGAGGUGCAGGAUUUGGAGGAGGGGGUGGAGGAGGGUUUUCAGGAGGUACAGGAUUUGGAGGAGGGGGUGGAGGAGGGUUUUCAGGAGGUGCAGGAUUUGGAGCGGAAGCAGGAUUUAAAGUAUCAGCUGGAUUUGGAGGAAGUGCUGGAUUUGGAGGCGGAGCAGGAUUUGGAGGAGGAGGAGCAGGAUAUGUAGGAGGAAGAGGAAGAGGGUUUGCAGGACGAGGAGGAUUUGGGAGAGGAAGAAGAGGAGGAGGGGGUGGAACCGCUCGAGAAAGCGGCAACAGACGAGGAAGCCUUGAAAACAGAGAAGGUGAAUUUAGGGGAAGAAAAGGUGCUGAGCGUUUGUAA